UACGCCUUUGCGUAACUAAUUAGACUCUAAUAUUAUUCAGUAAGUACUGUGUUAACGUGAAAACGGGGUUCAAACUAACAGGAUUUAAGCUAAACACCGUAACGUGGACUUAAUUCCUAUGUUUUUGAUUAGUGGGCACACAUAUCAAAAUGUGUGAAGGCUAGAAACUAUUGAUGUCAAGGAUUAAGUGAAUAAUCUCCACAGAAUAUUACUUAGCAAGGCUGCUUGAUCUCAAGCCAAGUCAUUGAAAAUGGCGGAUCUUGAGGCAGUACUUGCCGACGUUAGCUACCUAAUGGCAAUGGAGAAGAGUAAAUCUACUCCAGCCGCUAGAGCUAGCAAAAAAAUUGUCCUUCCUGAUCCAAGUGUUCGCAGUGUUAUGCACAAACAUUUGCAAAAAGUGAAUGAAGUCACAUUUGACAAGAUUUUUAAUCAAAGACUAGGAUUUUUAUUAUUCAAGGACUUUUGUGAGAAUAUAUAUGAAGAACCUGUUCCACAGUUGAAAUUCUAUGAGGAGAUCAGGAGGUUUCAGAAACUGGAGACAGACGAGGAGCGGAUCAAAGAAGGCCGACAGAUCUACGACACAUUCAUCAUGAAGGAAUUAUUAUCUCAAUCACAUGAAGGUCCCACUGUUCCUCUUGAACCUAGUGAUCACUGCGAAAAGACUCCCGUGCUGCAAGUUUUUAGAACCAUCGCGGUACAACUAGAUGUAGAAGAGAGGAUGCCAUGGAGUUCACGGGUCUCUGAGAACACUGAAAACACUGAAAACACAUGGAGUGAUCAGUUGACCAAGUCUUACCCUAAAACAGCCGUGGAGUAUGUACAGGAAGCGUUAACACAAGCACAGAAGACAAGGAAGUUAGAUGCGGAUAUUUUUGAGCCCUAUAUCAAUGAAAUUUGCAAUUCUUUGAGAGGUCAUAUAUUUGACAAAUUUAUAGAAAGUGACAAAUACACCAGAUUUUGUCAAUGGAAAAACUUAGAAUUAAAUAUUAAUUUAACAAUGAACGAUUUUAGUGUACAUAGAAUCAUUGGCAGGGGAGGUUUUGGGGAAGUCUAUGGCUGCAGGAAGGCAGACACAGGGAAAAUGUAUGCAAUGAAGUGUUUAGACAAAAAAAGAAUCAAGAUGAAAGGUGGAGAAACACUUGCUCUGAACGAGAGGAUUAUGUUGUCUUUAGUUAGUACUGGGGAGGGCAGUCCAUUUAUUGUGUGCAUGACAUAUGCAUUUCAAACACCAGAGAAACUCUGUUUUAUUCUUGACCUGAUGAAUGGUGGGGACUUACAUUAUCACCUCUCACAGCAUGGUGUCUUCACAGAGAAGGAGGUCCGGUUCUACGCUGCAGAAGUGAUUUUGGGCUUAGAGCACAUGCACAGCAGAUAUGUGGUGUACAGAGAUCUUAAGCCAGCCAAUAUCUUACUGGAUGAAAACGGCCAUGUAAGGAUCUCAGAUCUUGGGUUGGCAUGUGACUUUUCAAAGAAGAAACCACAUGCUAGUGUAGGGACACAUGGUUACAUGGCACCAGAAGUGUUACAGAAAGGAACAGCUUAUGACUCUAGUGCUGACUGGUUUUCAUUUGGUUGUAUGCUGUACAAGUUGCUCAAAGGUCACAGUCCAUUCAGACAACACAAGACCAAAGAUAAGCAUGAGAUAGAUCGCAUGACUAUGACAAUGGUAGGUCCAUCGAAUGUUGAUUUACCUGACACCAUGUCUAUAGAAAUGAAGAGUGUCCUAGAGGGCCUGCUGCGGAGAGAUGUGGAGGACAGGAUUGGCUGCAGAGGAAGGGGAGCUCAGGAAGUGAAGGAGCAUCCCUUUUUCAAAGGUAUUGAUUGGGUCCAAGUCUACCUCCAGAAAUAUUCCCCACCGUUGAUACCACCAAAAGGAGAGGUCAAUGCAGCCGAUGCGUUUGAUAUUGGAUCAUUUGAUGAGGAGGACACUAAAGGAAUUAAGCUGACUGAAGCUGACCAGGACUUGUACAAAAAUUUUCCUCUGGUUGUGUCUGAGAGGUGGCAACACGAAGUGGCCGAGACUGUGUUUGAUGCCAUCAACGCAGACACUGACAAGCUGGAACAGAAACGUAAACAGAAACCCAAGGGAGAUGAAGUGGAUCUAGCUGGGCCAACAGACUGCAUUGUUGAAGGAGAGGUUCUCAAAUUAGGUGGCCCUUUCAACCAGUCCUGGUCUAAAAAACACUUAAAGCUGUACCCCAACAGAUUAGAGUUUUACCAGAAGUCUAGAGAUGGCACAGUGCCCAAGGGGAAAGCAGUGGAGCUCUACUCUAUGCUGGAUAUCAAGGAAGUGCUGCCCGAGUUCCAGAAGUAUCAGAAGAUGGAGAACUGUAUUGUGUUGAAUUUAAAAACAGAUAAAAUCAUCAUUACUUCACCUGACAAGGUUUUGAUCAACCAGUGGAAAGAUGAAAUCAUUCAAGGGUUUAACCUGUCCACACAGAUUGUAGCCACAAUGAACAAAAAAGCCAGCAAGUUGUAUGGUUCUGAUAUCCCAGGAUCUCCCAGCACAGAGAGCCUACGGAAUCCACUGGAACAUCGUAAUAGUAAUGGCAACGGCAGUAGUUAGCUUAUUUGUUUCAAUUUUUUUGUCUGGAUUAUUGCAUUCAUGUUCCUACAUUGUUUGCUUUGUCUCAAACUGACCUACAGGUUUCUUUUUUUUUUUUUUUUUUUUUUUUUUUUUUUUGUGUCCAUCAUUGUAUUUGUUUAUGAAUUGAAAUUGAGAAGUUACUCUUGAUUUGUUCAUAACUGUUAUAACAAAGUUGAUUUUGUCUGUUGAUUGUAAACAUUUUUUUUUUUUUUUUUAUGGAUUGACCAGCCUGUGUGUAGCAAGACAGCAAAGAAAACCUGCACCUCUGAAAUAGAACCACAAAAGAUUAAAAGAGUUUGAUUUCUUAUAAUAGAGAUAAGUUGGGUUAGAACGUGCUGCAUUUAGAACUUCCAUUUCUUUCUUAUUCAUUUUCUUUUUUUUUAUAUGUAAUAACUGAAAGUGAAAAGAAGCUAUAUAAAAUUGUCGUGUUAGAUUCCUUGCUGCUGACAUGACCAGUUUGUUUCUCAAGUGUAACAGUCACUGUAACAUUGUUCUAGCAAGUGACGCAGUUUUUUUUAUCGGCAGUUCACUUCUUCCCCCACCUUCUACAUUUGGCUCCCUCCCCCUCUGGCGAUUGCAAAUUCAAAGAAAAACUUGACUGUUGAUGGGAAGGGCUGGUGUGUUUGAAAAAAAAAACUGCUUUUCCUGUGAUAUAUUGACAUAUUAAUUUGAAUCAGUUCACCAGUCUGUUGCAUUGGACUGUGAGGACCUCCGUGUUCAGUCUAGUAGACACAAGCAGUUGGACAAAUGUUUCCUUUGUAGUUGGUUAUCCAUGAUAUUCAAAUGAACACAUUUUAUAAAUAUUAUGAAUUGGCUAUGAAGUUUUAUAUUUAGCAAGAUUAUCUCUGUAUGUCACAUGUUAUUGACGCCAUUACUGAUGGUGACUAGUAAUAGUUUUAGCAAGAAUAUUAAGAAAAUCUUUGUCAAAACAUAUUAUACGUGUUUCUGACAGCAGUAACAUUGAUCUUUUUUUAAAGGUUUUCUGUGUAUGUCACAUUCUUGGCAAUGUCAAUGUUUUUUGAUAAAGCAAAUUUUUUUUAUUUAGUGGUUUUAGAAAAAUAUUGAAAUCCAUUUACCCCGAGUCUCGACCAGUGUAUAACUAGGGAAACAUUAUGUAGCAGUAUUGUAGGUGUGGUAGUGACCAGUUGUUGACAUGACAAGACUCAAUCUCAGCUGACUUUCCAUUCUACUCUAGUCCCCUUGAGCGGCUCUCAUUGCUACGCAAUACUUAGAAGCAGAUCAUAGUUACAACGCACCACAGAGACCUCUGGAUUUCACUCAUGGCUGCAUGCAUACGGCACUUUGCAAUAGUCCUCCUAGCUGGCGCUGAAGAUGGCUAUAUACUGCAAUAGUUCUCUAGUUGGCGCUGAAGGUGGCUAUAUACUGCAAUAGUUCUCUAGUUGGGGCUGAUAGCUUCAUAUACACUUUACGAUAGUCCCCGUCUCCCCCCCCCCCCCCCCAGUUGGCUUUCAUUGCUACAUGAAUGUUGGUUUUAAUUGCUUUUUUUUUUUUUUUCUCAAGUUUGUUUUUUAUCAAUUAAUCAAAUUUUUUUUUUUUUUUCAUUGUGAAAGCUUUUCUACAGAUCUGAUAUUUGCUGGAAAUGUUCUCAGUUAUGCUGGUAAAAUUCUUUAAGAACACAUCGAAUAGAUUGAUAGUUAGGAUGAAAAGAUAACAUUAUUUUUUUUUUUAAUGAUUCUAUUGAGCUGGUCUUAUUCAAAGGAUAGAAUAUAAUUCUGUGAAGAAGUCAAUUUAUAAAAACCCCAAUAUUUUGUGUAAACAUGUUAUUAGUUCUCUAAACUUACAAGAUGCUGGCUCCAUGUAGACAUUGGUUCCAACAGCUGCAGAAAUGUCAUUUUUAUGAUUAGGCAAAAUAUACAGAAUGCUGUGUACCUUUGACCUUUUCAUUGUUGUCUUUAUUUAAACUUACACUUCUUGGUGGUUACUGUUCUCUACGGACUGAUAUUCCAGUCUGUGGAUAAGACCUUUUGGUCUGUAGAUUAUCAUGACAUAAUUGAGUCACCAUGAUAUUUAUUUCAAAGUUGGGGAUUGGUACGAGCAGCAGUGCUGCCAAAAAUGUUUUUCAUGUUUUUCCCUAUUCCCCAAUAAAAAAAAUAAUAUAUUUUGUUAAUUAUGUCCUUUUUUUUUUGCUUUUUUUUUAAAAAAAAAGUCUGUUAUGUCGGCCCUCGCUGUAUUUUCAGGACACUCAAAAUGUCGGAAGUUACUUCACUGCUUCUGUCCUUGCUUCCCCAAGUAGAGCCCCACAGACUAUUUGAAUUGUAAUGUUGUUCUGUUAGUUUUAUGUAAACCCCAAUGCAAGAGAAUUGUGAGAAUCCCUUGGUCCCUGAUCAAUUGCCCAGCUAAAGAAGGAGAGACUGAAAGAAAAUGAACAUUUUUCUGAACACCUUAACUAACUUUGGUGAAUUGAAGGUGAACAAACAUUUUUGUUUUGUUUCUUGAGUUCUGUUCAGUUUUUACUUUGCAGUGUCCCUUUAAUUUUGUUCUUGUUUUUAAAUUUAGUGCAAGAAAAAAAAAAAAGUGGGGGGGGGGGGGGGGGGGGGGAAUGAGAUCAGCAUCAAAGUAAUUAGGCUGUGAUUUCAUUUGUUGUCUAAUUUGACUCAUUUUUUUUUUUUUUUAAGUUUUGUUUUAUUAUAUUGUUGAUUUAUGUUUUCACAUUUUGCUGAGUCAUUGUUGAUCAGUUUUGAGUUCAAGUAUACGAAACUAUGUCCUAAAAGACUCGUUUUUAGUUAUUUGUUCUUUUUAACUCAUUAUGUCCCCUCGUAUUUUAGGUCAGCCAUCUUAUCAGGACAGCUGUUUCAUAGAACUUAUUAUUUAAUACCAUGCUAUGCUUUUGGCAUAUAUUUUGAGUUCCCGUCUGCUAUUGCUUGUCUAUUUAAACAAACAAACAAACAAAAAUCUCUGGUCUUGAUAGUUCUGAGACCGUAUGUUCUAUACAUGAACACAUUCGCCAUUAUCUCAUUGAUAUUAUGUUUAACCAUGUUUACUUUAUAACUUUGUUUUUGUAUUCUUCACUUUUGAUUAACAAAUUUCUAUAGCCUCAGUUGACCUGGAGUCCAGCUAAGGGGCAUGACAGAAUGGAUCAUUGUUUCUUUAAAUUCUAAUCCCCCCCACAGACCCUUGUCAUGAUAAGACAUUUUUUUUGUUGUUGUAUGCUUGUUUUACUUUAGAAACAUUAUUUAUAUUUUUUAUGUCCCAGUGCAAUAUUCUAACUCUAUGAUUGGGGGAGAGUGAGUGGAUGGGUGCUUCCGUUAAUGGGUCAAGAAUGGUCAGAUCAGCACAAAAUUACAUAAAAAAAAAAAAAGGGGAGAAACUCUUUAUUCUAAUGAUAGGUCUUGGCCUAAAGUUUUUAAUUGUAUGCAGUAGGAUUAGUGUAUGAGACCAUGGUUUGAUUCAAGUUGAACUUAUCAGUGAUGUUUCAGUACGAACUCAAUUUUUUUUUUUUUUCAUUUGAAUGUGAAAGCUGUCUGCAUUCGUUAGAAACAUUUCCUCAUGUUCCAACUGACCCUAGUCCCAUACUGUGCGCUAUAAAUCUGAUAGAAUUAAAACUUUGAAUAUGUGGAGAGAAUAAAAACAAUAAUAUGUUUAUUUCAAUUUUUUUCGCUUUCAACUGACACUUUUGUCUCUUCAGGUUGUCUCUCUUCUCUGCCCUAGACCCCCCCCACCCACCCGCCCUCAAACCCUUCGCUGCAGGCAGUGAUAUCACUACAGCUGAUCUGAGUGAUAGACUAUGAUGUCAGAGGAACUCAACCAAAUCUUUCAUGUUUUUUUUUUGUUUUUCUUUUACGAUGAGGUGCACAUGAAGAAAAUGUGUGGCUGUUGUUGUUUGUUGCAUGCACAGAGGAUCACAUUGACGUAGUUGCAGAUCUCUUUUUUAAGUUAGAAGAUAUUGUGACAGAGGUGAUAGAUUCUUUGUACAUUUUGUUUGCUUGUAUAACCCGGACUUAAAAACCAGAUAUCUAAGACCCUGACACAUUUAGCUGCAUUGGAAAGCGGGCUGAGAAGGUCUUGGAUUUUGGUUUCUUUUUUUAAACAAUAAUUUGGGCUAACUCUCCAUGGGUGUCUCGGGCAGGACAUCAACUCUGUUCUGGUAGUAGCAAACUGGCUUUACCAAUUUUGUUACUCUACAUUUCAGUGUCCUUUUUUUUGAACUUGAUCAUGUGAAUUUCGAAUGCAUGGAAACUCAUCUAUGUUUGUUACAUUUGAAGUGAAGGUGGGGCUGUGUAUGCUGAGUUUGCAUAUCUCUCUCUGUCUAAAGGGUUUCGUCUGCAUUCAGACAUUGGUCAUCGCGCGGACAGAAUUCAUGUGUUCCUCUCCCUUUCGUUCUAAAUGGCUUGAAAGUAAUUUAUUUCUCUUAGUCUAAUUCUCUCUUAUAUUUGUAUUAUCUCAAACAUUGUAUAUAAAUAUACUCAUAUCUAUACAUACAUAUACAUAUAUAUAUAUAUAUAUAUUAACUUGCACCUUUCAGUGUUGAGGAUUUUAUGAAACUUUUUUUUUUUUUUUUUUCUAAUUUCAAAUGAUACAAAUAUUUCCUUGUAAAUAAUGACAUCUUUUGAAGACAAAAAGUUGUUUUGAGAGCUGACUAGAGAGAACAAGUUUUAUAAAUGUGUUUUACUUUAGGUUGUCUAUGACUGUAUCGAGGAGUCUCCUCGAUGGUUCUUGACAUUUUUUUCACCCUUACACUAGUUUCUGUUUCUGUCAGGUAUUGAUAGUCCAUGGCCCAUGGAAAAGUGUGAAGUAAGUGUGUGAAUCAAGAAAUUUCUGUUCCCUGUGCCAUGGAUAACAUCACCCACUAUUUGUCCCCCCUUCAAUUUCUCUCAACUGUGGAUAAUAUCAUCCCCCUCCCCCCCACUUUUGUUUUAUAUACUGGUACUCUCUGGGCUGUGGGUACCAUCACCCUUACUUUUUGCCCUUUUCAAUUGUUUUGUUGUUUUUACUUUCUAAGCUUUGACUAAUCUGUGUGUGUGUGUGCGGCGUCAUGUUUGCAAGACUGAAGUGUGUGUGUGUCAGGUGACUCUUUCAUUGUUAACAGACAUGUGACCUAGACUUUCCCCAGGAUGUGACGGGGGCGGGGGGCCCUGUCCAAUUUUCUCACACAUUUCUAGAUGUGAUAUCUUGCAAAAAUUUAAUGUUAAUUUUUUUUUUUUUUUUUAAAUAAGAUUUGAAAAUAAAUCUUGUCAUACAAAG